ACGACAUGGCGACGUCCAAGUGGUUUGCGCUGUUAUGGUAGUGAGUGCGGUUUCUUGUUGUGCGGCAAAAAAUACAGCGCAUGGGUUUCGGCUCGCUUGGAAACGGAAACGAGUCUUCGAAUUCUUCGGCGUCAAAGUAGUCCAGGAUGACGGACGUUAGGGUUUCGCUACGGAAGAUCGAGUUUCCCACCGUUGUCUACGAAGCGCUCCGGCAGAUUCAGAUGCUGCUGGCCAACGAGGGCCGCAGCCCGACGUACGCUCAUGUCGCCAAGGAGAUCGCCGAGGAGUUCGUUUUCCAAGACUACGGUCAGCGCCGAAUGACACCCCAAGCGCACUCCUCCGCGGCGCAGCAAAUGCGCCGGCCGCGAACGCGCAAGCUGCCUGCGAUCCGUGAGCUGCAGAUCAUCGAGAUCAUAGCGAGUAGCUUUCAGAACGCCAAGUCGGACAUGUGCCAGAAGGUCUUCUUCAUCCUGUUCCCCUCGGCCGACCCGAGUGUCAUGGAAGUGCGUGUGCCACUCCUCUCUCGUCUCGUCUCCCUCUCUAUCGCGCUCAAGAACCACAACGUCCUCAACUGCGUCGGCUUCUGGAUGCACGUCUGCGGCUGCACCUCGGAGCCGUCGCUGCACAUCGUCCGUCACGUCGUGGGCGACUACCUCAGCCUCAUCCCGAGCUCGGCCGAGAUGCUCAAGGAGCUGGCCAACAUCUCGCCCCUGUUCUGCGCCAGCCUGGCCACGUCGCUGACGCACAUGACGCCGACGAACCCGUCGCGCGACGUCGUCGACCUGCUCGCCUCCUGGGUGCGCGCGCAGCCGCUGCUCUGCUUCACGCCGAUGGAGGCCAUCCCUCCGCAGCUGUACACGCAGUGUCUCCAGACUUUCAUCCCCGGUCUCGUUGCGUGGUGCGUGCUGGCGCCGCUGGGCAAGACGGACGCGCGGACGGUAGCGGAAGACGCCGAACUCUACUCGUACCUGCACUACGCGCUGCUCGAGAUGCUGAUUCGCGCGGGCCAGGUGACGCCGCGCGCUCCGAUCGUGUUUCCGUUCUUGCCGAGUCACUACGUCGUGCAGGUGGUCGAGACGCUGAAGCGGGGCCUCGCCACGGCCUCGCCUCAGGGGGCCGAACUGGCCCUGAACAGGCUCGGUCAGGUGCUGCAGGCAGCGUUCGCGUCCAAGUGCGUGCACGGUAACCUGGACGUCAUGUUUCAGACGCUGCGCCAGCUGCCGUCAAACAGGCUUCUGAAGAUUGUGCUUGCCCGUUGGGACGUGAAAAAAUACUGAACGCUUCUCAUUUCGUUUGUUCCGAGUGAAGUGUGACUUAAACAUAUGGCAAGGCAUUCAUUGUGGAAAUGCGAUGUGGCCUAGCCAUUUCUUUUUGAAGCCACAAAGAAUUGCCAGUAUUCCCACAGCUGUUCCGUGGCUGUCUUGUGUUCAUCAUGAAAUACUGUUUGUCAUCUCAUGCAAUGCAGUGCACAACUUUUUCUCCACUACUGGCAAUUUGCAGAUACUAUACUCCAGUCACACAGGGGUGCUUUCGACCACACUUAUUUAUGAAUGGGAUAAAAUGUCUCGAUUUGGAUUCAAUGGAUGUGUUCCCUUACUUGCCGUAGGCGGCAAAGUAGACGACUAAAUGGAUAGCGGCCAUUUCAAGUCUCAUUCUAAUUCUCACGAAGACGUCAAAGUAUACAACUUCAUGAAGACAGCACUGAAUUCAAAAACGAUGCAGGCUAUUUUCCUGUCCAAACAAGUUGGCUGUUGGGCAGGACGCCUGGAAAGCUGACAGGAAGGUUGUCCUCGCACAAGAAAGCAUAGACACGCUAUCCUACGCUUUUAUUGGUGGCGCCACGUCACAGAAGCGUAUUCCAGACGUCUCGAAGCGUGUUCCAUUACAUGGCCGUAAAGCUGUCUCAGCCAUCUCCUUAGCUGUCUACGUAGACUGUCUCCGAUGCAGGCCAGAAGUGGAACACACCCGCUGUCUUACACAGCUUGCACAAAGGAGCCGAUCGUGAUUGAAACGGCUCCAUGUGACUCAUGUAUAAGAUCCAUGACAGUUGCUAGCGCCAACUUGCUGGCACUUUCGGUCACGGUGUAAUGCAAAGACUCCUCUGUUCUGUGAUUUUGGUUGCCACAGAAGAAAACACAUCAUGCAGACGAAAAUAAAGUCCUUUCAUUGUGACAUCACUCAUAAGUCACACUACUACUGUUGGACACAAGGGCAGAGGUGGGCGUUCAGUGGGGGCUGCCGCCUGAUCUCCAUAUUGUGAUAGCUAGAGACUGAAACUUUAGGGGCAAAAUGGCCUCUGUUUUCCUUACCUUGCUAUUGUGCCUGUUUGAUAUAUCAGCACGAAUUAGGUCGUUCUAAGCACUUCAAGCAUAUUUCAAUUGUUCCUGUAAGUGCCUACUUCAGCGUUCUUUCCUAAUUUGGUUUUUGAGAGCCUAGACAGGCCUUUCUCCCAGUGUUAAAGGCUUAACAAUGCAGUUUCGUUUUGUUUGCAGACAUCUUCAAGCUACAUCCGUUGUCAACACUAAUGUUUGAAACAGAACAGCGCGGUUUUCACGGGGAGAAGCAGGGAGAAACGACAUGGACGAGCACUGACUUGCAACUGAUGUUUAUUGCUUGGAACGAAAAAUAUAUAACAGCUCCAACCAACAGAAGAAACCAAAAAAAGCAUACAUAUAUUCACAAUCAUACAUGCUGCACUGAACAGGGGAGAUAACUGUAAUCAUCAUAUCCCCCCGCGCUAAAUAUGCUAGUUCUUUGGACGUAAUGGAUAAGGAGGGGCUGCUGACGCAUGCGUCUUUUGACCAGGCGAUGUGCGCGGCUUUGAUGAUUUCACGGGUUAGUUGGUUACUAUGUUUACUUAAAAUUUGUGUUCUAGUGAAUUCAGGGUGGCAGGCCCAGGUGUCGCAGUCUCUACAGUGGAUGCCCAGAUGCCCUUUUACUGUAUUAUGCACAUUGUUGUUGUGCUCCUUCAGGUGUUCAUUAAGGCAUCUCCCCAUUUGACCGACAUAAAGCCUGCCGCAUGACAACGGAAUGGCGCAGACAACUCGCUCUCUCCCCGUGAAAACCGCGCUGUUCUGUUUCAAAUAUGUCUUACCAACUCGCCCAAACGUCUGUUUUAACAAUACUAAUGCCUGUACUCAACCUUUAAAAUAGCAACAGCUACUAGAAACAUUUUUGCACUUUGGUGUUUCUUUCCAGAGAUUGUGAAAUCACUGUAGUUGCUUUCUCACUGUAUCAUUUGCUGUGUUUUCUCUCACUAAUCCUUAUCCUUAUC